AUGCUGACCGUGGUGCUGGAAGUAGAGCAAGGCCGCGGGCCAGGCCCUGAGGAGACCUGUCACCCCAAAAUCCUUCUGGAGGGGCCCCAGAGUAUCUGCCUGCUUCAGUCUGGGACCCUGGAGACUCAGGAACGCCUCACCUUUGACAGAGUCCUGGAUGCUGCUGCAGCUCAGGCAGAGCAGGAGCUGCUGGCUCGAGUCCAGCCCACACUGGGCUCUGUGGGUCGGGGCUACAGCGUGGCUCUACUGCUUCGGGGCCGGGAGAAAGAGGCACCUCGACUAGUACCUCAGCUGCUGCAGACGCUGUUUGAGGAGGCCCGCGGGGGCUCUGCUCCCAGGCUGAGCACUCUGAGCCUGGUGCAGCUCAGCGGCCAGGGGAAGGCCCGGGACCUGCUCUCCCCAGGGGCAGAGGAAGUGUCGGUGCUGCACGUGACUCCUCUGGGCCUUGUGGUGGAAGAUGCCCGGGAAGUGGAGGUGUCUGACGCAGGAGUGGCCUCCGAGCUGUACUUGCAGGCCUCAGGGGGUGAAGGCAGGGACUGCCCGCUGCUGCAGGUGCUGGCUGGCGAGGCGGCUGAUGAGAAGGAGGAGGGCUCCCUGCCUUGGGUUGUCUCUUGUCUCCUGGAAGGAAACAACUACAGUGGCCUACUUCUUCGCGUGGACCCUCAAGGCAGCUCCCUGAGCUUGCUCCAGGCUGCUCUGUUGGGGGUGCAGCGGAGGCGGACACAGGUGAAACAGGUGGGCCCCACCCUGUGGGAUGCAGCGCAAGAAGCCCGGGCUCGGCGGCUGGGCCUGAAGAGCCUGCGUUCAGGCCUCCUGGGGGACCCCGUGGCCCCUGGUGGGCUCAACCAGCUGGCCAGGGCCCUGCAGGAGCUGCGGGUAAGUAAGGUGAGGCCUGGAGGUGCCUGGGCCAGGAAGGCCCGGAGCCCGCCUCGAGCCCUCUCUGCCCCAGAGGUGCCUCUGCAGUUUUUCCUGGCCCAGGCCCGGAGGCAGAGGCUGCGAGAACAGCACCAAGCCUUGAUUCAAGAGGAACUGAAGCAUUUGGAACAGGAAGAGGAGGAGGUGGUGGAUGAUCAGGCUGGAAGUCUGAUGGCUGGAGAGGAGGUCUCCAAGGCACGGCAGGGAUGGCACCGGGAGCAGAUGGCGCUGAGACUGCAGCUGGAGGCGGUUCAGGCGGAGCGCGACACAGCCGAGCAGGACCUGGCUGCCCUCUAUGAGCUGCACGUGCGCGCUGCCCGCGCUCGGACCCGCCACGUGCUGCAGGUGUUCCAAGCCUGGCGAGGGCUGUGGGCAGAGCAGGCUGCGGACCGGGAGCACCGUCACCGCAGCCUGCUGGCUGGCGUCCUGCAAGACUCCAUCAACCUGGCCACGCAGAACCAGGAGCUCCAAGCCCAGAACCUGCAGCUUCGACAGUGGGAGUGA